CUUUCCGUCUGUACACCUGAGGAUCUCGUAGACGAACGGUCUGGAUCAUCAAGCGGUGGGGCAGAAGAGCCAAGCCUUGAUAACGGACCCCUUCCACAAACUCCACAAACACGCGUUCCGAUACUCUCCCGCCCGCGUAGGAUUGCGUCCCGCGUCCCGCCCGCGUUCCGCGCUCGCCUUCAGGUCACCGGUCCCAAUCCAGAAUCUGGCAAGCAAUCAUCUUCUUCAAAUCUCUCUCUCUCUCUCUCUCUCUCUCUCAACCGUCUGAUCUCGCAGCCAUGGAAAUCCCCCAAUCCAAUGAUCGCAGACACGAUGCUCUCGGAGACUUGCGAAUCCUUCCCGACGAACUCUUCUGCGCUCUUUUGGAAUACCUGACUCCUCGAGACGUCGCUCGUCUUUCUUGCGUUAGCAGUGUCAUGUACAUAUUGUGCAAUGAAGAGCCGCUCUGGAUGCAUCUAUGCCUAAACAAUUCUAGGGGUUUGCUUGAGUACAAAGGCUCUUGGAAAGGGACAACACUACACCACCUAAACGUGUCUGAUGAAUUUGCAAAGUCUCCCACAAAACCUCUGCAUUUCGAUGGAUUCAAUUCUCUAUUCCUAUACAGAAGAUGGUAUAGGUGUUUCACAACACUGGAUUCAUUCUUUAUUGACAAGGGAGUUUUAGAAAGAAAGAAAGACCUCUCCUUAGAGGAGUUCCGUCGUGAGUACGACGUACGAAAACCGGUUUUGCUUACAGACUUGGCAGAGACUUGGCCAGCAAGAAGUACUUGGACGACUGACCAGCUAUUACAGAACUAUGGAGACACUGCAUUCAAGAUCUCUCAAAGGAGUUCGAAGAAAAUUACUAUGAGAUUUACGGAUUAUGUUGCAUACAUGAAACUUCAGCAUGAUGAGGAUCCUCUUUACAUUUUUGAUGAUAAGUUUGGGGAAGUUGCACCGGGUUUGUUGAAAGAUUACAGUGUGCCCCAUCUAUUUCGAGAAGACUUUUUUGAUGUCUUAGAGAGAGAUCAGCGGCCGGCUUUUAGAUGGCUAAUUAUUGGGCCAGAGAGGUCUGGUGCAUCUUGGCAUGUAGAUCCGGCCCUUACAAGUGCCUGGAACACUCUUCUAUCUGGACGGAAAAGGUGGGCAUUGUACCCUCCAGGUAGAGUACCUUUAGGUGUUACAGUACAUGUGAAUGAAGAAGAUGGUGAUGUCAAUGUUGAGGCCCCAUCAUCAUUGCAGUGGUGGCUAGAUAUUUAUCCACUUCUUGCAGAUGAGGACAAGCCAAUAGAGUGCACCCAACUACCUGGGGAGACAAUAUAUGUUCCAAGUGGGUGGUGGCAUUGUGUGCUAAAUCUAGAAACUACUAUUGCUGUUACUCAGAACUUCGUAAAUACAUCAAACUUUGAAUUUGUAUGUCUUGAUAUGGCUCCUGGCUAUCAUCAUAAAGGAGUCUGUCGUGCUGGAUUGCUUGCUGUUGAUGAGAACUAUUCUGUCAAUGUCGAAAAGGACUUAUCUUGUGAUACAGAUCAAUUCAAUUUCCCAGACAUGACUCGGAGGGAAAAGAGGCGCCGAUUUUCCAAGCCUAGAAAAGAGCCAUGUGUUGAUAAUGGUGAUGGGAAUGCUACCAAUGGCGUGAAUCAAGAGUUUUCUUAUCACAUAAAUUUCUUAUCCAGGUUUUUAGAGGAAGAUAGAGACCAUUACAACUCUAUCUGGAGUGAGAGCAAUUGUAUAGGACAGAGAGAAAUGAGACAGUGGUUGCACAAGCUUUGGGUUGUAAAACCAGGGAUAAGAGAGUUGAUAUGGAAGGGAGCUUGUCUGGCACUAAAUGCCGGCAAUUGGUCAGCACGCAUGGCGGAAAUUUGUGCUUCUCAUGAUUUGCCUUCUCCACUGGAUGAUGAGAGGCUUCCUGUUGGCACAGGUAGCAAUCCUGUUUAUCUCACUGGUGACAAAGUAAUUAAGAUAUAUGUUGAAGGAGGACUGGAAUCUUCUAUCCACAGUUUGGGCACAGAGCUUGAGUUCUACAGUCUACUUGAUAAAGUCAAAUCUCCUUUACGAGAACACAUUCCUAAUGUUUUGGCAAGUGGUAUUCUGUUCCAUGAAAGUGGUUCCCAUAGAAUUGUACCAUGGGAUGGCAAAGGGGUGCCAGAUGUGAUUGCAAAAUGUGAUCUGGUACGUGGAAACUGUACCACAGAUGGCUUUCAUUUUGGUGUAUGGAGCAAGAAACAGUUGGAGGCCAGAAAAGAUGGAAGUUUACUGCCAAUUGCCACUGCUUCUGCACAACCAAGGAUAUGGCCAUACAUAAUAACUAAAAGAUGCAAAGGGAAUAUAUUUGCCAAUUUAAGAGAUGAAUUGCCGUGGGAUGAUGUUCUCAAUCUAGCUUCAUUUUUGGGCGAUCAAUUGCAUAACCUUCACAUCUUACCACUGCCAUCUUUGCAUGAUCUCAUGUAUUUAGAGGUCAAAUAUGAGAUGAUUUCGACAAGAACAAUCCACAAUGACUCGGGGAAAGAUUCUAAUAGACCUUCAGGGAAUGCUUCUAGAGAAGCAAUUUGUGAGAAUUUUAGUAUCCCGGUAGAAUGGGAUCUUUUUAUUAAAAUUUUGACCAAAAGGAGAAAAAAUGUCUCAAAUCAUUUGGCUAAAUGGGGGUCUCCUAUUCCAAGCAGUUUGAUAGAGAAAAUUGAUGAGUACAUUCCACAUAAUGUUGCAGUGUUGCUCGACACAUUCAAGGAUAAAGAUGGUCUGUACAAGGUUUCUAAGUCUCCUACUUGGAUACACUCAGAUAUUAUGGAUGAUAAUGUACACAUGAAGCCAUGUGUGCCCACUCAUUGCUUGGAUGAGAAUGGCUUAGAUGCUACCUUGACAACUAAUGCUACAGUGAAUGGCUGUAAUGGUGAUGAAAAACAAAGGAAGUGGAAUCCUAGCCAUAUUCUUGAUUUCAGUGAUCUGUCGAUAGGGGAUCCAAUAUUUGACUUGAUUCCAAUACACCUUGACAUCUUCAGAGGAGAUUCACAGCUACUUAAGAAGUUUCUAGAAAGCUAUAGACUUCCUUUGGCAGGAAGACCAUCAGAAGAUGAUAUGCUUUUAGAUGGAAAAGUGGAGAGCAAGUUUCGGCGGCUCUCAUAUCGUGCCAUGUGCUAUUGUAUCUUACAUGAGGAUAAUGUCUUGGGAGCCGUGUUCAGCUUACAGAAGGAACUAAAGUCAGCCAAGUCCUGGGAAGAAGUUGAAGAGACUGUUUGGGGAGAGUUGAACAAAUACCAAGUCUUCUGUUGAGGACUCCUCGUUCCCCAGCUGUUUGGUUGAAGCCUUUGAUUUACACCAUUCACAGUUCACAUGCCACUUGUGAUUGCUGCAUAGCAAUCUGGAGCUUUUGCAUUGAAGAUAACAUUUUUUGGUUCAAGGGAAAUGCUGAUCUUACCACUAAUUAUUUACAGUUCUGAUCAUAUGGCCUUGUAUGUUGUAAUGUUUUUAAAUGAGUUACUAUAGGGUUGUCCUAGAUCUUUCUAUAAGCGGUCUGUUUCUUUCAAUCCAAGAGGAUGGGAUUGGUGAUUGAUUUGGAUCAGAUUAGCCUAAUCUAUAUUCAUUUCAUGC